AGCUGAAAACGUGCGUACUAGAAAGCUCGAUUGACAAGCGCAAGUUUCCCGCUUAAGUACCAGAUAAAAUACUUAAACAAGGUGUCAUGAACCAGAAGAUAAGCUAAAAUUCUGCUGGACACGUUUCUUACAGACCUGACAUAUUACGAGUGGGAAUUAACUAAUUACUCAUUUGUCCCUGCACAGAUUAGAUCGGAAAUGGUCAAAUUGUAUCCUUGUUUAGCUUUAACUUGUACCUUGGUGUUGAUACUUACUGAUAACGUCAUGGAAAUUGGACGAUCUGAAAACUACGGUUUAGAAUCCGAGCCCAUAUUUACCGAGCCGGUAUACAACAUGACAGUGGCGGUGGGACGGACAGCCAACCUGAAGUGUGUUGUGGAAGGCUUAGGAUUCUACAGGGUCGCUUGGCUGAGAGUCGAGAGCAAAACUAUUUUAACCAUCCACCAUCACGUGAUAACUAGAAACUACAGAAUAGACUUGAGUCACAGCGACCAUCGAAACUGGAUUCUCCACAUCAAGAACGUCCAAGUGUCCGAUAGGGGGGGCUACAUGUGCCAGAUUAACACUGUGCCCAUGAAGAGUCAAGUCGGGUAUCUAGACGUAGUUGUUCCGCCGGAAAUCGUUGGCCAUGAGAGCAGUACCGAUGUGCUUGUUAGGGAAGGAGUCAACGUAACCCUGAUGUGUCGGGCUAAGGGUUAUCCCACACCGGAGAUAUCGUGGAGACGAGAAGACGAGCAACCAGUAUCGGUAGGAAACUGGAAAAACAGCAUCCUUCGUGGUGAGAAU